ACUCGAGAUUAUCUCUCUCCAACAGAAUCAAAACCCUUUUUACUGCUCUCUUCUUCAGCUCUUCACUCUUCUCUCUGAGGGGGAAACAAAGAAAGGAGAAAUGGCAGUGCCUAAGGCCAUUGUUACUGCUCUCUUGCUGAUACUCUCUGGAGCUGCUCUUGGAGCUCCUGCUUAUGAAGGGUACCUUGCCAAUGGCAACUUUGAGGAGCAACCGAAGAAAUCCGACAUGAAAAAGACGGUUCUCAUCGGCAAAAACGCUCUCCCCAAAUGGGAAAUCACAGGCAUGGUCGAAUACAUCUCCGGAGGUCCCCAACCCGGAGGCAUGUUCUUCCCAGUAGCUCAUGGAGUUCAUGCUGUGAGACUCGGCAACGAGGCCUCAAUCUCUCAGAAGAUCCAAGUGAAACCUGGCUCUCUCUACGCACUUACCUUCGGUGCAUCCAGAACUUGUGCCCAAGACGAGGUUCUCAGAGUUUCUGUUCUUCCUCAGUCCGGUGAUUUGCCGCUUCAGACAUUGUACAGCAGUUUCGGAGGCGAUGUCUAUGCUUGGGGGUUCAUUCCCAAGACUCAGGAAGUCACUGUCACUUUCCACAAUCCUGGAGUUCAGGAAGAUCCUGCAUGUGGUCCAUUGUUGGAUGCUGUGGCCAUCAAGAAGCUUGCUUUUCCACUGCCCACAAGAGAUAACUUGGUCAGGAACCCCGGAUUUGAAGAGGGUCCUCACCGGCUCGUGAAUUCGACCGGAGGAGUCCUCCUUCCUCCUAAACAGGAAGAUUCCACAUCUCCUUUGCCUGGUUGGAUCAUUGAGUCUCUCAAGGCUGUGAAGUUCAUCGACUCAAAGCAUUUCAACGUCCCCUAUGGAGAAGCGGCUAUCGAGCUUGUUGCAGGAAAGGAAAGCGCCAUUGCACAGGUCAUUAGGACGGUGCCCAACAAAGUUUACAGCCUCUCCUUUGCCGUUGGUGAUGCCAGAAAUGGAUGCCAUGGAUCCAUGGUGGUAGAAGCUUUUGCGGGCAAGGACACGUUGAAGGUUCCACACAACUCGGUCGGUGCUGGUCACUACAAGACUGCCAGUCUCAAGUUCAAGGCACUGGAGGCAAGAACUAGGAUCACUUUCUUCAGUACUUACUACCACACCAAGAAAGACGACUUCGGGUCUCUUUGCGGUCCUAUCAUCGACGAUAUUCGGGUUGUCCCGGUUGCCUAAGACGAGGUUUUAUCUGCUCUGGAGACUGCGGGAAUUCGAUAAUGUAAGGAGUGUAUGCAGAGUUUAUCAUUAGAAGAGGAUACUUCGUUUGUAUUUGUUCUUCUUGCUUGAGGAUUGUUGUUGUUCGCUCGCCUUCUUUAAAGUUGAAUUUCAGAUAUUCUACGAGGAAACCA